AUGAAUUAUACAAAUGAUAAUGUUGAUAGUCCAAUUUAUAAUAAAAAAUCGACGCCUCCUACUCAAGGAAAAGUCCGAAAUCCAUUUGAUAAAGUAUUAAUUGAAAAAUUACACACACCAAUAUGCAGCCCCGGGAUGUGCAAAAUCUAUAAAAAGAAACACAAUGGUUCGUUUAGAUGGGAUAUAGAUCAAGCAUGUACUUUAGUACCUGCCGAUAUUGUAGCAUGCAACAGUCAGUUUGAACCAUCACCAGAUCCUGCAUUGGAGAAAAUCGCGGAAGAAGCGAAUGAGAAAUUUUUCUCACAAGAAAUGGUCAUACCUAGUCCAUUAGAAAUUUCUAAAAAAGUGAAACCACUUUUGCAACCUACUGAUACUAGUAAUAUUGCUAUUAACAGUUUUAUCUGUGAAAAAACUACCACUUUUAGAGAAGUUUCAGCCCAAACUGUGCUUACAUUGCCACCAAAACUACCUCCUGAAAUUGAAAACAUCUUACAACAAUUCUGCACUUAUACACAGGAUCAAAAUAUAUAUGGUGAAUAUGAAGUUACAGCAAAUGGUUCUUUAAGAAGGAAAUUGUUCUUUGAGGAGCACAGUGAUAUAGAUCACUAUGAUUCUGAACAAACAGAUGAUGAAGUUCAUAUAGAAUCUCAACUUCAAGAAAGACCACCAUCAAGCUAUGAAGCACAUACACCUGUAUUGUUUAGUCCAGACUUGAGUCGUGAUCUGGUAGCCAAAGGUAUGAAGCGAACGUUUGGAACGCCAGUACAGAAAGGACAGGCAAGUAAGCCGUGCUAUCGCAACAAGAUCCUCGAUGUAGUGGAUUUUGUGGAACCAUGCUUCAGUCCCAUAGAAUUUAGAACCCCAAAGAGAAGUGGCCAAGAUUCGGCAACGUCUUCGUCCAUAGCCAGUGCGUCUAUAUCACCGGUUGUUAAAAUUGUUUCCAGUGAUGAAGAGAAAAACAAUUUUACCUCACCCGAAUCAGAAGCGAUGGCUACAUGUCUAGAUUGUAUUGUAUCUGGCUCGGAAUGUGAUAAGAAAGCUACGUGUUUCUGUAAAACACCUCAUAAAUCGAUUUUAACAAGAAGCACAUCACUUAAAGAUACAUCGCCGUAUAGAAAACGAUUUUCACUGUCUGAAAAACGUAGCCUCAGUAUGUCCAGUUUAAAUAGAAGUCGGUCGGUACAGAAAUUAGAUUUUAGUAUGGAUAUGAGUAUUGAUGGAUCCAUUCAUAAUAAUUCACAAGCGGAUUCAGAAGAUUCUCCGGAUAUAAAAGAGAUAGCUUGGAAUUUACAAGAGGAUAAAAGCAUUCAGAAAUUAUUGAAAAUCAGCCAGAAGUCGGAUGAAAUUCAGUCUUCCACAAAAAUAAUAAAUAUUAAUCUAUUAGACGCAACGCCCAUUAAGGGAAAACGUAAAACAAAUAUAUUGCACCAUAUUAGUAAAAUUCGAGCCUCUGCACUCAGUCCGGCUCAUAUGUCACUAGAUAACAGCUUAGAUAAUUUCGACAUUCCAGUCAUAAUGGAAAACAAAAUUGAUUUUAACACAAUUGAUCUCAAAUUUUUAAAUGAAAAUAACACGAAAAGCGAUAGCUCUAGCUUUAAACGCGUCGAUAGCGGGUUCAAUGAGAAUACAUUUUAUGCAAAUGCAUCUAGUUAUUACGAAAGUGCCAUAAAACCCUCAGAGUUGACUGUGACAAAUACAAACAUAAAUAGUAGCUGUAGUAAAAGUGUGUUGAAGGAAACGUCCAAUACAAAUUGGAUGAGAGUAGAUAGCGGUUUUAAUGAAAAUUCAACCGAUAGUAUGCAAUUUUAUGCAAACGACACGUCUAAAAAAAUUACCAGUUUUCAAGCUACGGAUCCAAAAUUGCAAGACAAAGAGAACGAGUUUGAUAGAUUCUUAAUUCAAAAUAAAAACGAUGCUAUUUCAAUGUCGGACAUUUUCACGGACGAUUUAACUUUCAACUGCAACUUCUCUUCGACUCCAUCUAAAAAUAAAUCGCGUAAAGUUAAUUCU